AUGCCCACUAUAACCUUCUACCGCGCCAACCGCGCCUGCCCCUCGCCCCACACCCCAGACGGCGUCGAAUCCGCCGACGGCAGCAUCACUCGCGCCGCAUACCUGUCGAUCCACCCGUCAGGGUUCGUCCCGGCCCUGGACGUCGACGGCGAGAUCAUCACCGAGCUGCCCGCCGUGCUGAACUACAUCGUAUCCCUCGCGCCGCCUUCAGCAGCCGCAGGGACCCUUCUCGGCGCCGACGACCUGGGCCGCGCGAGAGUCGCCGAGUGGCUGGCGUGGCUGUCCGGGUCGCUGCACGGCCAGGGCUUUGGCAUGCUCUGGCGAGCCGGGCGCUUUACUGACGAUGAGGGGGCGCACGAGGGCGUCAGGACCAAGGGGCGGGAGUUUAUCGAUGGUUGCUUCCGGAGGAUCGAGGAGAGGCUGCGCGGGAGGGAGUUCGCUGUCGGGGAGGGGUUGACGGUUGUGGAUUUCAACCUUUACGUGUUUUGGACCUGGGGGAUUGAGAUUGGGGUCCAGAUGGCAGAGUUGUAUCCGUCGUAUGCCGAUCUGAUGCGGCGGGUCGAGUCGAUUGAGGCAGUGAGGACAGUGGUCAAGACAGAGGGUCUGAAGUUGACUGCCACGGCUUAA